AUGACAGGUGAUUUCAUAAUGAUUGUUGUUCUAGCAAUCAGAUUAAGACAUUCCUCACUCUCUCUCUCUCUCUCUUUCCCUUUCAGUUUCCCUGCUCCUUUGCUUUUCUUUAUUUCAAUUACUCUCUCUCUCUCUCUCUCUAUAUAUAUAUAUAUAUAUAUAUAUAUAUAUAUAUAUAUAUUAUAUAUAUAUAUAUCUUUUCAUACACGCCCACACACUUACUCUCACUCAUUCUUUCUCCUCCCUCUCACAUACACACUGUCUCUAUCUAUCUAUCUAUCUAUCUAUCUAUCUAUCUAUCUAUCUAUCUAUCUAUCAUUAUGUCUAUCUAUCUCUACUUAUAUCUAUCUAUCUCAACUUAUAUCUAUCUAUCUAUCUCUAGUUGACUAUCUAUCUAGUUAUGCCCUAUCUAUCUAUCUAUCUAUCUAUCUAUCUAUCUAUCUAUCUAUCUAUUUCCAAAAUGAAAUUGGAGUGAAAAAGUCAACUCUCUUGAACAAUUGCUGCCACUUUCUUUUCAUAUUCUCGUCUGUUCUCUUUAUACAAUUGGGCAGCUUCAUUGUUUGCAGGGCUGUCUGGAUUUGGAUCAUGGAGAAGGGACUGUAA